AUGAUUUAUUACAUAUUGAAUGUAACAAAAUAUGAACAAAUUGGUUAUAUUGGUCAUUCACAAGGAACAUUAAUUGCAUUUGCUGAAUUUGGAAAUUUGAGUAAUGAUGUUCAAAAGAAUGUUAGUUUCUACGCAGCUCUUGCACCAAUUGCUCAAGUAGGACAUCAAAAAACACCUUUAAAAUAUUUGGAUACUGAUAGUAAAGAACUUGAGCGUUAUUGGCAUAAAUUAUUUGGUCGAAAUGAAUUUUUGCCAGCAUCACCUAUCCUACAAUGGCUUGGAAAAUAUGCUUAUAAAAAAAAAAUGAAUAAUUCACGUAUUCCUGUCUAUACAUCACAUGGACCAUCUGGAACAUCUGUAAAAAAUAUGAUUCAUUUUAUGCAAUGUGGAAGAUCAAAUCAAUUUCAAGCUUAUAAUUAUGGUUCACCAGAAAAAAAUCAAUUACAUUACAAUCAAACAACUCCACGGCUAUAUUCUUUUCGUUCAAUGAAAGUACCAACGGCAUUAUUCUGGGCUGGUGAAGAUUGGCUUGCCGAUCCAAUUGAUGUUACUUAUGUUUUUGAUAAUAUUCAAAAUUUAAUCUACGAAAAAUAUAUUCCUAAUUACAAUCAUUUCGAUUUUGUUUGGGCUACAACAGCAAAUCAAAUCAUAUAUCAAGAUUUAAUCAAUGUCAUGCAAAAAUAUCAUCCAUUUAAAUAA